UCUUAAGUAUCCAUUCUACUGAUAAUUUGUCGUGUUUACAACAAAAUGGAUUCAACAAAUACAUCAGCAUAAUAUUUUAAGAAAGUGUGUGGAUAAACAUGGAUAGAAUACCGACAAUUAAGGAAAUUAAUGCGCUACUUCAGGACACGAAAAGUAAGACAAGGUUAAAAAACGCAGCUCUGGUUGGGACAAUCGACUUUUUAAGUGCCGGGUUUGAAAUACAAGCAAAUGACUUGAAAUCAAAAUGUGUGCAAGGGGUGAUAGUCAGAAUUUCAGGACUUGAAAAUGAACUGAGUGCCUAUGAGCUAACUUUAAAGAAUUAUAUAUCUAGUAUUCGAGUACCCAAAAGAUUCCCCAAAGGUAGUCCACACACCCCAUCAAAGACAGACAGUGGUAUUGAUGUUGGGCAAGAUCUAGAGACUGUGGAUAUCCCAAAUUCGACGUUUUAAAACACUAUGUACAGCGCUGCAAGUGAACACAUAAUUAAUGGACACUUUUGUUUACUACAACAUUUAACAUUCACGUCCAGUUGGACUGGGUGCCACCUCCCAAGUAUAUUACUGGAGUAUUUUUAAGGAAAUCCUGUUAUAAUAAUGCACGGUUUUAAAAUUUUUAAUAAAAAUUGUCACUGAUUUUAUAAUAAUGUUUCACAUGCUGCACGUAAACAUACAACACUCGAAUGUAUAAUAGAAAUGAGUCAUGUGGGAAAUUCAGGCUUUGGCAAUGAAAUGUUUUCCUUAUUCCAUUGAAACAGUAUGAUUUGUUUUUGAAAAGCUCUUUUAAACAAGGAAUUGUAAACAUACUUAUUUUAGAGGCAAUCAUAUUUUAGCACCUUUCAAGCUCCUUGUUGUCAGCUAAUUUAUGUACACGCUAAUAUAUGAUUAAAGCUUAUAUAAGUCCUUUCAAAACUCUAGUGCGUUACGAUUACGCUAAUCAAUAUAUUAAGAGGACGACUGUGCUAAAUUUUGAGUGCAAUAUUCAGUAAUGUGUGUUUUUGGUGAAGAUGUAAUGUAACUAAUAAAAUGUUAAA